AUGUCCUUUUUACGACCAGAGGGAAUCCCUCAAAUUUUUGAAAAGUGGAGAAGUGGGCUAGACAUUGAUAUUGAGCAGGAACUCGAGGCUGCAAAAUUACCUGUGUUUGAUGGAUAUAAAAUAUGUGCUACGAAUAUCAAUAUUGAUCCAGAUCGGAAAAUUCUCAUUGAUCUAAUUACAACUCAUGGUGGCGAGUAUAUGCCAGAUUUGACAAAGUCAGUUACACAACUUAUAUCGCCAGUCCCCACGGGGAAGAAGUAUACUUUUGCCAAAAAAUGGGAUAUUUGGGUCGUCAGUCCUCUGUGGGUCACAAUGAGUGUUGAACGCGGAGCAGCUUUAAAUGAGAAAUUCUUUUCACUGGAUCUACCAGCAGACAAGAUAGGUAAAGGAGCCUGUUCGUUCGAUUUGCAUCGCCAGCGAGAACGCAUCACUAAAGCCAGAGAAGUGGCUGCAGUCACUGAAGUUGAUAGAACUAUGAGUGAAAUUUCCGCUCCUGUGAAGAGGAAAAAAUCUAUGGCUAGCACUGCGUGGAAUAGUAUACUGAGCGAUUUAGGUAAUCAUGUGGUUAAGAAAGAGAUAGACGUGGAUCGAGAUCAGGCUGCCUGGGAAAUGAACAGAAGAAAUGCACCCAACGAGUCUGAAGGCUAUGACCAUGAUAAUCAGGAUGACAAUAAUAGUCUAAACAGGAGACGAAGAUACGAGUAUGAGAAUGGUGACGAGCACCUUAUAGACAAACGAAACCGGCUGGAUAUUGACACAGUGAAUCCGGCCAAUGCGCUGUUUCUUAACCACUGUUUUAUGUUUGUUGGAUUUAACGACAAGCAAUUGAAAAGACUACAAAGCAUAAUCACAUCGCAUCGCGGUCGACUCGCAGAGGGUGAGCAUCGACCGACACUUAUUAUUGUUAAUUCGGAGCUACCAGUGGCCAAAUAUCAUGAACUGCAACUUGAACGAGAGUACACAUCUGUUCCAAUUUAUACUGAAUGGGCACUGGAGAGAAGUUUGCAUAAAAAGAAGCUUUCACUGGAUAUUUGGGGCCAGUAUGUAGUUCAUAGAGAUAUUCCUGGGUUCAGCGGCUUGAAUAUUAGCCUUUCAGGUUAUGCUGGGGUUGAGCUUCUUCAUCUUGAACGUCUAGUGAACUUGUUGGGUGGAUUAUAUCAGAGCGUGUUUACCGCUUCUGGGGACCUCUUAGUUUCAACUCCCCGGUCAUCGAAAUUCAAGUAUGCCCUGAUAUGGAAAGUGCCGAUAGUAAACCACUUGUGGAUCUGGGGUUGUGCAUCGAAAGGGACCAUUCUACCUCUAGACUGUAAGGAGUGGGUAAUAGAUGGUAAAGAAACUGAGGUCAGAUUCCUGCCAAGAAACAAAACUGCUGUUGUUGAUACCACUGUUACAGCUGACUCUCGUGCCCCGCAGGCUGUAUCUGUGGCACCGGUGAUUCCAGUUCAAGAGAAAAAUCGUGCAGAAUCAGAAACAGAGCAAUCAGAAGAGUCGGAGACAAUGGCACCUGUAUCUCACUCCGAAACGAGCUCUCUGAGUGAGCUUCUUCAGUUGGCAAGAUCCGAUACCGACGGUCUACCUGUCAGAGACGAAUCACACAGGCCCCAAAAAAGGAGUCGUGAUAGGCGUAUUGUUGGUAGAGCUACUGAAUCUGCUUCAGCUAACGAAGUGAUGAAACCGGCGACCUUGGUUGAGGUACAGCCAGUCGAGGAACAGGCACAUCCGUCUACUCAAGUCAGUUAUCUGGAUAUUGAAACCCAGGAUGAACGCAAAAAGCUCCUGGAAGCCCUGGGUGAAUCAGAAAGUGCAGCUGAAGAACUGAGAUCUGUUCCUGAUGAAAUGGGUCCAGCAGUUGACUUGCUCCAUAAACGUCCUCGACGAAACCGUAACUCCACAACACCUGGCCGUCGUCUACGUGCGAACUCGUAG